UCCUGUACUUCCGACUGUACUUCCGGCUGUCCUGCGUGCGUCCUGUUGCAGACUCGAUAGCAUCUUGUGACUGUUGUUUUGAGAUAAAUAACCAUGUCUCUGGAGGUCGAAUCCGCAGACGUGAUCCGUCUGAUAAUGCAGUACCUCAAAGAAAACAAUCUGCACAGGACUCUGGUCACCCUGCAAGAGGAGACCACAGUGUCUCUGAACACAGUGGACAGUAUAGAGAGCUUUGUUGCAGACAUAAACAGCGGCCACUGGGAUACUGUCCUGCAAGCCAUCCAGUCCCUCAAGCUGCCAGAUAAGACCCUGAUUGACCUUUAUGAACAGGUGGUGCUGGAGCUGAUCGAGCUGAGAGAGCUUGGUGCAGCCCGUUCGCUCCUCAGGCAGACCGACCCCAUGAUCAUGCUGAAACAAACCCAGCCGGAGAGAUACAUUCACCUGGAGAACCUGCUGGCUCGCUCCUACUUCGAUCCCAGAGAGGCGUACCCGGACGGCAGCAGUAAGGAGAAGCGCCGUGCAGCCAUCGCUCAGGCGCUGGCUGGGGAGGUCAGCGUGGUGCCGCCCUCUCGUCUCAUGGCUCUGCUCGGACAGUCUCUGAAGUGGCAGCAGCAUCAAGGUCUUCUGCCUCCUGGAAUGACCAUCGAUUUGUUCAGGGGUAAAGCUGCCGUCAAAGAUGUGGAAGAAGAGCGUUUCCCCACGCAGCUCAGCAGACACAUCAAGUUUGGACAGAAAUCCCAUGUAGAGUGUUCCCGGUUCUCCCCUGAUGGUCAGUACCUGGUCACCGGCUCUGUGGACGGCUUCAUCGAGGUUUGGAACUUCACAACAGGCAAAAUCAGAAAGGAUCUUAAGUACCAGGCUCAGGAUAACUUCAUGAUGAUGGACGACGCAGUGUUGUGUAUGGGCUUCAGUCGGGACACAGAGAUGUUGGCCACCGGCGCCCAGGAUGGAAAGAUCAAGGUGUGGAAGAUCCAGAGCGGUCAGUGUCUGAGGAGGUUUGAACGCGCCCACAGUAAAGGAGUAACAUGUAUCAGUUUCUGUAAAGACAGCAGUCAGCUCCUCAGUGCCUCCUUCGACCAGACAAUCAGAAUCCACGGACUGAAGUCGGGUAAAACUCUGAAGGAGUUCCGCGGUCACUCCUCAUUCGUCAACGAGGCCACCUUCACUCCAGACGGUCACCACAUCAUCAGCGCUUCCUCUGACGGUACAGUGAAGAUGUGGAACGUGAAGACCACCGAGUGCAGCAGCACCUUCAAACCUCUGGGCACGUCGGCCGGCACGGACAUCACCGUCAACAACGUCAUCCUGCUGCCCAAGAACCCCGAGCACUUUGUAGUGUGUAAUCGCUCCAACACGGUGGUCAUCAUGAACAUGCAGGGACAGAUCGUGAGGAGUUUCAGCUCCGGUAAAAGGGAAGGAGGUGACUUUGUGUGCUGCACUCUGUCACCCCGCGGCGAGUGGAUCUACUGCGUGGGUGAAGACUUUGUGCUUUACUGCUUCAGCACCGUCACCGGCAAGCUGGAGAGAACGCUGACGGUCCAUGAGAAAGACGUGAUCGGCAUCGCCCACCACCCCCACCAGAACCUCAUCUCCACCUACAGCGAGGACGGUCUGCUGAAGCUCUGGAAGCCUUGAGGUGUUGAACUCAACACAGAGACCGGACGUUCUCACUCUGCAGCUGCUCUCACUCUGGACACUGCUCUGCCUGUUUUUGUUUUUUGUUUUGUAUUGUCUUUUAUACUUUUUACAGCUCUGGGUGAAUCACUCCCAGGUCUACAUGGACUGAAAGUUUUGGAUGUUGAUGACCUCAGUGACACAAAUCACUUUUACACAUUCAGAUGCAUGUUUCCAUUGGAAAAUGAACACGGGUGAUUUAAGGUUUUUUGUGCGUAUUUUUAUCUUUUAAGUCACACAGCUGAAUAUCAGCAGUUUGGGGGAUUUCAAGUGUUUGCACAGUAAAGCCUUAUUUUUCCUGAACUUGUGAGUCUGAGAAACUAUUUAUAGUUUGUCCAACAAAUAAAUAAUUGAACAUGUGUCUUACAAAACAACAAUUUGCUUUUAUUUUAAUGCUAUUCAUGAAUUUGUAAGAGUCGAUCAAGAGGUGGAUGUGAUUUAGGAAAAACCUCAAAUUCAAAAUGUGAACUACACAUAAAAUUAUUACAAACACUCAUCAAACCAUUCUAUCUUUUCAGUUGCCGUUAAAAUAAAUAAGGCUCUGCUGUUAUGAGCUUUACAUUCAAUAACUUUUUUUUUUUUUCUGAGGCUUCUGCUCAGAGUUGUCAGAUGUUCGGGGCAGCGAGUGUAGAUGCUAGACUCGACUCUUAUUUUGAAAAUUCCAUUCUUUUGUAAAUAUAUUUUUUAUUAGCAUUUUUGAUUUUUUUUCAAUGAAGACCUGGUUAAAUAGUGUUUGUUUUUGUGUUUAUUGAUGUCUCUUAUUUUUCUAGUCAUGGCAAGAAGUGAAGGUCACCAUCCCAAAAAGUUCCAUAUAAACGUGUAUAUAUAUAUAUAUAUGUACAGUUUGUUUCCUGAAAUUAUUCAGUUCUAACGAGGAUCGUCUUGUUGUCAAAAACAGCUACUUUGUCAGCAGAAGGUCUCAAGGUGACCUGUAACUUCAGGAGUAUCAAAUUAUACAUUCAGUUUAAUAAGUCAUUUUAUUGUCAGGCAUUUUUUUCCCCACAUUGAGUACAUGUAUGCAUCUGAAAUGAGACUUAAUGUUUCAAGGAUUGAAAAGUUGCUGGAUGUACAAAUUUCCCAUAAAUCUCUCAUCUGUGCCAUUAAAGUUAUUUAACCAGA